ACACAUACUCCAGAAGAAUCCCGUCUCCUAAAUGAUGUUGGUUAAGCCUACAACCAGACAAGCGCCCAAACCGGCCGGCGGGGGGUUCUGAAUUCGGUAGACAGACAGACAGAGAACACUGCGCGACAGAGAGAGAGAGAGGAAAGGGAGAUAGUCAAUGGCAUUAUUGAAGGAGGGUGGACGCUGUUGAUCCUUGACGUCAUGCUGUGGAAUGGAACGGUGGGAGUGACUUUAGUGCUCGUGCUGCAGCAGCAGGCGGAGAUAGAGACAGAAUGACGGCAGGCGGAUGAGAGGAGCACAGACCCCGUCUGGCGGCAUGUUUAUCACACAGGGAAAAUAAAAACACGAAAACACACAGAGACACAAAGGACCAGUGGGGAUUAAACAAAUAAUGACGGGAGACAGUGACUUAAAAUACACGUAACCAGUGUUCCCUCCAUCAUGUCUGCUGGUGAAACGAUGGACUAAAGAGUAGAGCCGUUGUGUGUGAUGUCAGACACAAGCAUGCCUCAGAAAGGGCAUCUAACAACCCCACUGUGAUCAGAUAGAAAUGACAGUGUGAAGGCUGGCGUCCACUAAGGUGACCGUAGCGGCCUGGGCAGCCCAUCCACAUGAUCACAUGACUCUGGACAUGGACGCCGUCCUGUCGGACUUCGUCAGGUCCACUGGGGCGGAGCCUGGGCUGGCCAGAGAUCUGCUGGAAGGUAAGAACUGGGACCUGAGCGCUGCUCUCAGUGACUAUGAGCAGCUAAGACAAGUACACACUGUCAACCUGCCCACUGUCUUCAACGAGGGCCGUUACUACCGGCAACCGGACCACGACACCCCCCAGCACCUCAGCAAGGUGGAGCGGCCCGGUGUCCAGAGGCAGGAGGACAACAUGCAAGAGAAGCGCCUGUCUCGGGGCAUCUCCCAUGCCAGCUCUGCCAUCGUGUCGUUGGCACGGUUCCACGUGGCCAGUGAGUGUAUCAGUGAACAGUUUCCUCUGGAGAUGCCCAUCUACACCUUCCAGCUGCCUGACCUCAGCGUCUACAGUGAAGACUUCAGGACCUUUAUAGAGAAGGACCUCAUCGAACAGUCUACCAUGAUGGCCCUGGAACAGGCUGGUCGUCUGAACUGGUGGGCCACUAUGUGUACCAGUUGUAAGCGUCUUCUUCCUCUGGCCACCACGGGGGACGGCAACUGUUUGCUACAUGCUGCUUCUUUAGGGAUGUGGGGCUUCCACGACAGAGACCUGGUGCUGAGGAAGUCUCUGUAUGGCAUGAUGAAGAGUGGAGCGGAGAGAGAGGCUCUGAAGAGGAGGUGGCGGUGGCAGCAGACACAACAGAACAAAGAGUCAGGGCUGGUGUACACGGAGGAGGAAUGGGAGAGAGAAUGGAACGAGCUGCUGAAACUAGCUUCUAGUGAACCGCGUACACACAGCAGCAAGAACAACAACAAUACUGUAGGGGUGGAUAACUCAGAGGACCCUGUGUAUGAGAGUCUGGAGGAGUUUCAUGUGUUUGUCCUGGCUCACGUGCUGCGUCGACCAAUCAUAGUGGUGGCUGACACCAUGCUACGGGACUCAGGGGGAGAGGCAUUUGCCCCCAUCCCGUUUGGAGGGCUGUACCUGCCCCUGGAGGUGCCUCCUAACCUGUGCCACUGCUCCCCCCUGGUCCUAGCUUACGACCAGGCACACUUCUCUGCCCUGGUGUCCAUGGAGCAGAAGGACCAGCACCAAGAACAAGCUGUGAUCCCGCUGACCGACUCAGAACACAAGCUGCUAUCUCUCCACUUCGCUACGGACCCUGGGAAGGACUGGGAGUGGAGCCGAGACCACAACGACAACAUCAAGCUAGCCAAUUUAAUCCUGUCUCUGGAAGCCAAACUGAACCUGCUGCAUAACUACAUGAACGUAACAUGGAUCAGGAUACCAUCUGAGACCAGGGCUCCCCUGGCCCAGCCGGAGUCUCCCACGGCGUCCCACGGGGGCGACGACGUCCAGUCUCUAGCCGACUCCAUGGACUCCGACCGCGACUCCGUCUGCAGCAACUCCAACGUCAACAACGGCAAGGUCUCCGCGAAGGACAAGGAUCCCAAGGAGAAGACGGAGAGGCAGCAACAGCGUAAAGACAAGGACAAGACCAGGACGGACUCUGUGGCCAACAAGCUAGGCAGCUUCAGUAAAACCCUGGGUAUCAAGCUGAAGAAGAACAUGGGAGGUCUGGGAGGGCUGGUCCACGGAAAGAUCAACCGCUCCAACUCUGGAGGCAACGGCCGGAACAAUGGAGGAGUGGGGGGCGGCAACGGAGGAGGGGGGGGCGGCGGCAACGGAGGAGGGACAGAGAAUAACGUAGAGAAGAAGAAGGAGAAAAGGGAAGGAAAAGCCCGGAAGGAUGGAGGAGGAGGAGAGAAGGAAGGCCAGUCUGCGAGUACGUCGUUCUCCUCGGACAAGACCACCAGCCCGUCUCCCACCGAGCGUCCCCCAGGCGUGCCCUCUCCUCCCGGGGAACGGGACAGGGACAGGGGGGGUCUCCUGGCCAGGCUGGUUGGGGAUAAGGCCCUGUCGGAGCACUGGAAGUACAGCACAGACGUCAAGCUGAGCCUCAACAUACUGAGAGCCGCCAUGCAGGGCGAGAGGAAGUUCAUCUUCGCUGGCCUUCUCCUCACCUCCCAUCGCCACCAGUUCCACGAGGAGAUGAUCUCCUUCUACCUGACCUCCGCUCAGGAGCGCUUCUCUGCCGAGCAGGAGACCAGGAGGAAGGAAGGAGAGAAGAAACCUGCAGCAAACUCUACAACCACGACUACUACGACCAACGGGCCCUCCAACGCCCUGAAGAAACCAGAGCAGGAGAGCGCCCCUCACCGGGAGAGAGAGAGGGAGAAGGAAAGAGAGAGAGAAAAGGAGAGGGAGAGAGAGAGGGAGAGAGAGAGAGAAAGGGAGAGAGAGAGGGAGAGAGAGAGAGAAAGGGAGAGAGAGAGGGAGCGAGACACCCGCACCCCUCCUCCUCCUCCCUCCUGCCCUCCUCCUCCUACUCCCCUUCCCCAGGACUUCAUCUCUUCCCCAGGCAGACACCACCAUAGCCAUACCCCUCACACCCCCCCACAGAUUGCCCUGAAGAUGCAGGGCCGCCACAGCCCCUCCCCCAACUCCUCCCCCAGCAACGGUGCUACCAGGAGACCGGGGUCCGUCCCCCCUGUCCCCAGGCCCGUCCCAACUACUGUCCCAGUGUCAGCCCACUACAGCCAUACCCCUCCCAUCCAGAGGUCCAGUAUCAUCCACCUGAGAGACGUCAACCUCCAGGCCCUCCAGGCACCCAGCUUCCAGCCGGACGACCCCCAGCCCAGCUACAAGCCUCCUCUGGUGGGCACCCUGAAGACCUGUGCCACGUACCCCCAGCAGAACCGCUCUCUGUCCUCCCAGAGCUACUCUCCAGCCCGACUGUCUGGGGUCCGUUUGGGCACCGGGGUCAACCACACCCACCCGGGGGUCCCAGGCACCACGGAGCCCUACAACAUGCCUGGGGAGCACAAGUCCCAUACCUAUACCAACGGCUUCAACACUAGCCACAUACAGGACUGUCUGGAGUUCGCCGACGCCGACGUGCCUCAGACCUGGGGGAGCAGUAGGGUCACCAGGACGGGUUCGGGGUCCGACAAGGUCAAAAGUCAGAUCGGUAGCACCGGUGGGGGUUGCCUGGUGUACUGCCUGCAGCAGAGGAGAUGCAAGAGGGAGAAGUGCUCCUUCUACGGGCGGCCGGAGACAGAUAACUACUGUUCCUACUGCUUCAAGGAGGAUCUGAAACACAAGGAGAGGGAGGCCAAGGCCCUCAGUAGGCCUGGGUAGCCCCUGGUAGCGCGCCAGCCAGAGGUGCUGCUACUCUAGAGCCUGGUGUGCUAUCUAUCGCACGACAGGUACUGCAAACCCCAGCUGCUGACAACGCAACACAACAGACAGACAGACAGAACUGUGUCCAUAGAGAAGGCGAUAGAACAGGUUCUACUCAAUAGACUGUCUGUGGACGUUGGGACAUACAGACAGACAGACAGACAGACACGCUCAGAGCCAGUUGAUCGCCUGCUCUGUUUAAAACAUUUGAUUCCUGUCACUUCUCCUGUCUCAGUGUACAGUACAGUAGGCUACUGUAAAGGACACAACUACUUGAUGACAAGCAGGGUAGAUCUCUGUCCACUUAACAUCUUUGGCCAGCAGGAAUCUAUCACUUUGUUCGUUAAAAAAAAUAGGUUCAACUUCAAUUUUUUGGUUGGUUUUAUGGAGAAAUGUCUUGUGUUUUUUGCCCACAACUUGAAUGGCAAACUAAGAUAUCAUUUCAGGCAAAUACAGUACACAUAAAAAGAGCAUUUUGUUGUGCAGUGGGUCAAAACAUAACCAUAAAUCAUCUAAAACAGCUUAAAUCUAACAUCUAACUAAAACCGCACUGUUUUGAUCUUAAUUAAAAUCUUCAACCAACUUUAAAAACAAACCUCUCAAAGCAAUACAUUAGUAACUUUAAUUUUAAAAUGUUUUAAUCAAUAAUUGUCCUAAUGGUCCUAACUCACUGUGAACCCUUUCUGUUGUCUAUGCACUCAUGUUGGCUUCAGUAGAGAGUUCAAAUCCUCUGCUGCAGCUGACAGACAAUAGACGACAACAGGCCGGAUAUUCAGUCAACUGCAAACAAACCCACACUAAGGAAAAUAGCCGUUUCGUGUGGUGAAAUUGCACUUUGUAAGUUCAAUUUGCCGUGUGCCCUCACAUUGAUUACCCGGUUUAAACGAAACAACAACAAAAAUUGAAUUGGUUUUUAAUGAAUCGUACUCCUUAUGACAGCGAGGGCAGAGAUACUGUUUCAGUGCUAGUUUGGUCUGCCUCAAAAAAAUGUUUUAUUUAAUGUUUUCCUCUACAUUCUACACGUCUUCGAUAAACCAAAUGUGUUUUCAUCAGCAGUUGAUUAUCUUGGUUGUUAUUUUACAGGUGGUGUUGUGGUGUUGCUACCAUUCGUUUUUUUUCACAUUUAAAUGUCUUAUCGUUCAUGACAACGACAAAAGAACAUGAAAUCUCCUGGCCAAAGAUGUUAAAUAUAUAUAGAGAGAGAACGCUCUUCAAAACACUCCUGAAUUAUAAUGCAGUUCGGGUUCCUUUUUAUGUACCUGGUUCAUGGACUCUCACCAUAUAAAAUGUAAAAAAAUAUGAUUUUGUAUUCAUUUGACAGUUUUACACAACUUAAAUGAUUAAUUUGCACAUUAGAUACCAAUGUACAGUACAUAGCAAAAAAUGAGGAACAAAAUAAGAUUAGUAUAUUGUGUAAAAAAAAAAAAAAAAAUGAGUUUGUGUGUUUUUGUGUAUAGAGAAUGUGAUGAUGGGGGGAAUUUACAAGCCAAGGCUAUACAAGUGUUAUAGAGAAAAUAUUUUUAUAUGAUUUUCACAAAAAUGCCAUGAAGCAAUAUUUCGCGCUUUUUUUCUUAUGGACACUGUUGUCACUUUGGUAAGUUAUAUUUAAGGGCACGGACAUUAGGUGGUGGUGG